UAGAGUAGAAGAAGAAAGUAAAAGGGUAUAUUAGGAAAUAAGAAAAGGGGUAAAGGAUUCGUCGUUAUAUAAUCUGUUAGAUGAAUGAAAGAAGAAGGCAAUUCACAGUCACAGGCUAAUCACAGCCGGGACCUGAGGAGUAAGAGUAUAGCCUUGUUCUGAACUCUUUCUCUCUCUCUGUAUAUACACUUCUGCUUCUUUACAUGCAACAACAAGUCUCUUGAGAACUACUUCUCCGUGGGUUCACACCAUUCUCUCUGCGAUAUGGCUGCGACUACUUGUGGUGAAGGGGGGAAGCAACAACUCCCAAGUGUUGCAGACUUGAAUGCCCCAGUCAUCAAGUAUCCAAGCUUCAAGGCUCCUAAGCCUAGCUUCACUGAUGUUGCCAAACAUACCUCCAUAGAUGUGUUUCCUCUUCUUGUUAAGGAGGCUGCAUUUCCUUUGAAACAAGACCGUUGCAUCGAUCAUUCACUAAUCCAAGACGUGUGCACUAUAGCAGUCUUACCUGAUGAAGGAAACAUAACCCCUCACCGGUUUACUCUCUUGAGCUUCGUCAAGGCUCUGCUUCCUUCUAAAAACCAGAUGCUCGUCGAUGCACAACUCAACUGUCAGAAAACGCAGAACCGCAUCAAUGUGCUACUUGGAGGCACAGAUUCCUACCAAUCUUGCGUUGUUGACAUCAACGUCGAGAAAGGGAACGGUGCUGAGUCGGAAGAAGAAGUUGUUGCAAGUCUCAAAUCCGAGAAUCAUAUUCAAAAGGUAUUGCAGAGACAAGCAAGCUUGAGCACUGGUAAAGAUGAUUACAAAUGUUUCGAUAAAACUAUCUCCGAGAGAUGCUAUGAUGCACCAACAAACAGGUGGAGAAGAUACAAGCGUGCUGCUUCAUUUGAUUCUAGGAAAAUCGUCAUCUUAUUCUCCAUCUUAUCAAGUGUGGGAACAUUGAUAUUGAUCUACCUGACAUUGAGAGUGAGGCUAAUAAACGGAGACAACAGCUUCAAUCAUAUGUACUAGUCAAAAACUGUAAACAUCUCUAUUUGGUGCUUUGUUUUUGAAUCAAUCUCUUUUCCCUAAACUCUUCUUUGUUCCAAUAAUGUUGAUAAAAAAGCCAACACUUCCUCUGUGAAUAACACUUGCGAAUGCUUA